AUGUCUCUCACACAAGAAAUCAGUCUCCCUAACGGGAUCAAAUAUGAGCAGCCUCUUGGCUUGUUCAUCAACGGCGAGUUUGUCAAAGGUGUUGAAGGCAAGACCUUCGAGACCAUCAACCCCCACGACGAAAAAGUCAUCACCAGUGUCUACGAAGCCACCGAAAAAGAUGUCGACAUUGCCGUCAAGGCUGCCCGCGAUGCCCUCUCCGGUCCCUGGAAGCACAUCACCCCCACCGAGCGAGGUCGCCUUUUGACCAAGCUCGCUGAUCUCUUCGAAGAGAAUAUGGACGUCCUCGCCGGUAUCGAGUCUUUGGAUAACGGCAAGGCAACAGUAUUCGCCAAGGGUGAUAUUCAGGCUGGCUCAUACUGUCUUCGCUACUACGGUGGUUGGUCCGAUAAGAUCGUAGGUCAGACCAUUGACACAGAUUCUACCAGCUUGAACUAUACCCUCCACGAGCCCGUUGGUGUUUGCGGUCAGAUUAUUCCCUGGAACUUCCCCAUCUUGAUGUGGGCAUGGAAGAUUGGUCCUGCCAUUGCUACUGGUAACACCGUCGUCCUCAAGACUGCCGAGCAGACCCCUCUUUCUGCUUUGUUCGCCGCCACUCUUAUUCAGAAGGCUGGCUUCCCUCCUGGUGUCAUAAACGUCCUCUCUGGUUUCGGUCGUGUUGCCGGUGCCGCCAUCUCCUCGCACAUGGAUAUCGACAAGGUUGCCUUUACCGGUUCGACCUUGGUUGGUCGUCAGAUCUUGCAGGCUGCUGCUAAGAGUAACUUGAAGAAAGUCACUCUCGAGCUUGGAGGAAAGUCACCCAACAUUGUUUUCCCAGAUGCCAACCUCGAGAACGCUAUCUCUUGGAUCAACUUUGGUAUCUACUUUAACCAUGGCCAGUGCUGCUGUGCUGGAUCCCGUGUCCUUGUCCACGAGGCUAUCUACGACAAGUUCUUGGAAGCAUUCAAGGCUCGUGCUGAAAAGAACAAGGUCGGCAACCCCUUCGAUGAGGGAACCUACCAGGGACCUCAAGUCUCUCAGAUCCAAUUCGACCGUAUCAUGGGAUACAUCGAUGAGGGCAAGAAGGCUGGCGCCAAGGUCGUUGUCGGAGGCGAGAGACUCGGUGACAAAGGCUACUACAUUAAGCCCACUAUCUUUGCCGACGUCAACAACGAGAUGAAGAUUGUCCAAGAAGAAAUCUUCGGACCUGUCUGCACUGUCCAGAAAUUCAAGGACGAGGAGGAGGCUCUCAAGCUCGCCAACGACACCACCUACGGUUUGGCAGCUGGUGUCCACACCAACGAUCUCAACACUGCAAUCCGUGUCUCCAAUGCCCUCAAGGCCGGCACAGUCUGGGUCAACCAGUACAACACACCCCACUACCAGACUCCCUUCGGUGGAUACAAGGAAUCGGGUCUCGGCCGAGAGCUUGGAUCUUAUGCCCUUGAGAACUAUACUCAGAUCAAGGCGGUGCGCAUUCACCUUGGUGAUGCCAUUUUCGGUUAA